AGACGAGGGCUGAAGGACCCCAGUUACCGUCACAACCAUGGCCGCAUUCACAGCCUUUCAAGCCGGUGUUGGCACUGAGCACAUUGACAGGAUGCGCAUCCUCACUGUCUUCUUGGUGUGGGUGUCAGUGGUCCAUGCUGGUACUGAUUCAAAAGCAGUGACAACAUCACUCACUGCUAAGUGGCCCUCAACACCUCUGCUGCUAGAGGCCAGUGAAUUUCUUGCUGAGGAGAGUCAGGAGAAGUUUUGGGAUUUUGUGGAGCUCAAUCAAGAACUUGAAAACAUAGAUGAAGGCUCGGACCAGUUCUACUAUGAGCUCGUUGUGGAGCGGGCCAGCCAGCUGCUCAGUCCGGUGCAGCUCAACAUGUUGCGCUUUGCGCUGUCCCUGCGAGCCUACUCCCCUACCGUACAUGCCUUCCAGCAGAUUGCUUUCAAUGAACCACCUCCCACUGGGUGCAAAGCUUUCUACAGUGUCCAUGGAGUGACCUCAUGCAACACAGAGAGUUUGAAAGCCUUGCUGGAGACUGCCUUGGAAAGGCCAAAGCCAUACCUGUUCAAGGGUGAUCACACUUUCCCGAGUUCAGCUCCAAACUCCCCAGUUGUUAUACUGUAUGCCAAAAUUGGGAGCAAGGACUUUCCCAGGUUUCAUCAGCUCAUGGUUUCCAAGGCCAACAAGGGAGAGAUUACUUAUGUCCUUCGCCACUUCCUAUCUAGUCCCAAGAACAGCAAAGUGUUUCUCUCUGGCUAUGGUGUGGAGUUAGCAAUCAAGAACCAGGAGUACAAGGCCAAAGAUGACACCCAGGUUCAAGGUGCAGAUCUGAAUGCUACUGUGAUUGGAGAGAGUGACUCAGUGGAUGAAGUACAAGGUUUUCUCUUUGGGAAACUGAAGACCCUCUACCCUGAGCUGAAGGACCAGCUGAGAGAGCUUCGCAAACACUUGGUGGAGAGUACCAAUGAGAUGGCUCCACUCAAAGUGUGGCAGAUGCAAGACCUGAGCUUCCAGACUGCUGCCCGAAUCCUGGCUGCACCGCCUACGGAUGCCCUGGCAGUGAUGCGGGACCUGAGUCAGAACUUUCCCACCAAAGCCAGAUUUAUUACAAGAACAGUGGUGAACUCUGAGAUUCGGAAAGAAAUUGAGGAAAACCAAAAAUACUUUAAAGGAACCCUAGGACUGCAGCCUGGCGACUCUGCUCUUUUCAUCAAUGGUUUGCACAUCGACCUCGACCUUCAGGACAUCUUCAGUGUGUUUGACACGCUGAGGAACGAGGCAAGGGUUAUGGAGGGCCUUCGCAAUCUUCUCAACGACAUGCCUUUCAUCCAUGACAUGCUGAGCCUCAGCUUGCAGCCACUGGACUCUGACUAUGCAGUUGACAUCCGCAGCCCUGCCAUCUAUUGGAUCAAUAACCUGGAGACCGACAGUCGCUAUGCCUCUUGGCCCUCCAAUGUGCAGGAGCUACUGCGACCCACUUUCCCAGGAGUCAUUCGCCAGAUCCGCAAGAAUUUUCACAACUUUGUGAUCAUCGUGGACCCCACUCAUCAGAACACAGCUGAGCUGCUGAGUGUGGCUGAGAUGUUCCUGAGCAAUAACAUCCCACUAAGGAUUGGUUUGGUGUUUGUGGUGUCCGACAAUGAGGAAGUUGAUGGGAUGGACGAUGCUGGUGUUGCUUUGCUGAGAGCCUUCAACUAUAUCGCUGACGAGGUGGACAACCAGCAGGCCUUUGAUGCAGUCAUAUCGAUGUUCAAUAUUGUGCCACGUGGGGAGUCACUGAAAGUUGAGCAUGUAACUAAUGUGCUGGAGAAGCGAUACCCUUACGUGGAAGCUAGCAAAAUUCUGGGGAAAAAUUCUGUCUACGACCAGAACAGGAAGGAGGGGAGGGCUUAUUACGAGCAGACUGGGGUGGGCCCACUCCCUGUGGUGCUGUAUAAUGGCAUGCCCUACCAGAGGGACCAGCUGGAGCCUGAUGAACUGGAGACCAUCACAAUGCACAAAAUCCUUGAGACGACAAGCUUCUUUCAACGUGCAAUCUACCUGGGUGAACUGGGCAGUGACCAGGAUGUGGUAGAUUUCAUCAUGGACCAGCCUAAUGUUGUGCCUCGAAUCAACUCCAGGAUUUUGUCCACCAGCAGGCCUUAUCUGGACCUUUCCAGCACCAACAAUCACUUCAUUGAUGACUAUGCCCGUUUCCUGUUCCUGGAUACCAGGGGAAAGAACACUGCAGUGGCUAACAGCAUGAACUACAUGACAAAGAAAGGAAUGGCCUCUCAAGGAAGUUAUGAUGAUGGCAUCAUCCGGCCAGUGACGUUCUGGGUUGUCGGAGAUUUUGAUCAACCCACCGGUAGACAGCUGCUGUAUGAUGCUAUAAAACACAUGAAAACCAGCAACAAUGUCCGGCUAGGCAUGAUUAACAACCCGAGCGAGGGUGUCUCCAACAUCACUAGCCGCAUUGCACGGGCCAUCUGGGCCGCCAUGCAGACUCAGACUGCAAACAACGCCAAGAACCUCAUCACGAAGCUAUGCAAGGAAGAGACCGCUGCAGCGCUGGCAUCGGGUGUAGACAUUGCAGAGUUCGCCGUCGGGGGCAUGGAUGUACCUCUCUUUAAGAGUUCCUAUGAGUCCCCCAAGGUGGACUUCCUGCUGUCACAUGCUGCCUACUGCCAGGAUGUGCUUAAACUGAAGAAAGGCCAGAGGGCCAUCAUCAGCAAUGGCAGGAUCAUUGGUCCACUGGGUGAAGGGGAGGUCUUUAACCAGGAUGACUUCUUACUUCUGGAGAGCAUCAUUCUGAAGACAUCAGGAGAGAAGAUUAAGAGCAAAGUUCAGAACCUCGGUCUGGAGGAGGAUCGGGCAAGUGACCUGGUAAUGAAGGUGGAUGCCCUACUCUCCUCUCAGCCAAAGGGUGAGGCCAGAGUGAAAUACACCUUCUUUGAGGACAGAUACAGUGCAGUCAAGAUCAGACCACGAGAGAAUGAGAUGUACUUUGAUGUGGUGACUGUAGUCGAUCCUGUCACCAGGGAUGCCCAGAAACUAGCCCCCCUCCUCUUGGUUCUGAAACAACUGGUCAAUGUCAACUUGCGCGUGUUCAUGAACUGUCAGUCUAAGCUCUCUGACAUGCCACUGAAAAGUUUUUACCGCUACGUUCUAGAGCCAGAGAUCUCAUUCACGUCGGAUGGCAGCUUGGCUCCCGGUCCUGUGGCAACCUUCCUGGAUAUGCCCCACUCCCCUCUCUUCACACUUAAUCUUAACACCCCUGAGAGCUGGAUGGUGGAGUCUGUUCGUACCCGGUAUGACUUGGACAACAUCUACCUUGAGGAGGUGGACAGCGUGGUUGCGGCAGAGUAUGAGCUAGAGUACUUACUGCUGGAGGGCCACUGCUUUGAUGUCACAACUGGACAACCCCCCCGUGGCCUGCAGUUUACUCUGGGUACAGCAUCUGAUCCUCUUAUCGUGGAUACCAUCGUUAUGGCCAACUUGGGCUACUUCCAGCUGAAGGCCAAUCCUGGGUCCUGGAUCCUAAAACUGAGAAAAGGGAGAUCUGAUGACAUCUACAAAAUUUACAGCCAUGAGGGAACAGACUCUCUGCCUGAGGCUGAUGACUUGAUCGUGGUCUUGAACAACUUCAAGAGCAAGAUCAUCAAAGUGAAGGUCCAGAAGAAGCCAGAGAAGUUAAAUGAGGAGCUUCUUAGUGAUGGCACUGAAGAAGAAGACUCAGGUCUUUGGAGUUCACUGAAACGGACAUUUACAGGGGCAGAAAAGGUAGAAGACAACAAAGUGGAGAAAGAUGAUGUCAUCAAUAUUUUCUCUGUAGCGUCUGGGCACCUGUAUGAGAGAUUCUUGCGGAUUAUGAUGCUCUCAGUUUUGAAACAUACAAAAACUCCUGUGAAGUUCUGGUUCCUGAAGAAUUACUUGUCUCCCACAUUUAAGGAGUUCAUACCGUACAUGGCAGAGGAGUAUGGUUUCCAGUAUGAGUUGGUCCAGUACAAGUGGCCACGAUGGCUGCACCAGCAGACGGAAAAGCAGCGCAUUAUCUGGGGCUACAAGAUUCUCUUCCUGGAUGUGCUCUUCCCACUAGCGGUGGACAAAAUCCUGUUCGUUGAUGCUGACCAGAUUGUCCGCACUGACCUGAAGGAACUGCGGGACUUUGACCUUGAGGGAGCACCGUAUGGUUAUACACCAUUCUGUGAGAGUCGCAGGGAAAUGGAUGGCUACCGUUUCUGGAAGUCAGGUUACUGGGCCAGUCACUUGGCUGGGCGCAAAUACCACAUCAGUGCACUGUAUGUAGUUGACCUGAAGAAGUUCAGGAAAAUUGCGGCUGGUGACCGGCUGAGGGGACAGUACCAGGGUUUGAGCCAGGACCCCAACAGCCUCUCCAAUCUGGACCAGGACCUACCCAACAACAUGAUUCACCAGGUGCCAAUCAAGUCACUUCCGCAAGAAUGGCUGUGGUGUGAAACAUGGUGUGAUGACUCCUCGAAGAAGAAGGCCAAAACCAUUGACCUGUGUAACAAUCCCCAAACCAAGGAGCCCAAGCUCCAGGCCGCAGUGCGUAUUGUGGCCGAGUGGUCUGAGUACGACCAGGAGCUCAAACGUAUCUACAACAAGUUCUUGGAAGAGAAGGAGAGGGGUAGCACUGCUGACAGUAGCAAGAUUUCACAGGGAAGCAAAACAGAUCGAUCUGAGCACACCGAGCUCUGAGUUGCAGCCUUCCAAAAGAGGGUGACACUUGGCUCUGUUUAAAGAGUUGGUUGAUCUUUUUUUUUUUUUAA